UGGGCUGGGUGACUGAUUAUAAAUUAGGAGAAUAGUACUCGUAAGAGCCGUGAUUUGUGAUUCUUUGCAGAUGGAUAGAAACUCGAGAAAAAAAGAUGAUAGAAAAAAACAAUUUAUGGCUGAAACUGCUGCUUUUAGAAAAAAACAAAUUGCCACCAGAAUUGCCAGGGCUGAAUAUGAAAGAAUCGCUCGAAACCUAAGUGUAUAUGAUUUUACUCUUUACCCUCUACCAGGCUACUUUGGUGGUGCCGUGCCUGUUGUCAUAGACAAAUCAAUUCGCCCUAGGCUCAUUAAAUUUUGUAGAAUUGCUUUGAAAAAGUUCAACAAUCACAAGAAUCAGGGUCCAGAAUUUGAUUUUCACGACCUUGUCAAGUCAACCCGUACACAUACAAUGUUUUAUAUUACCUUUACGGCGGCAAGAAAACAAGAUGCUUUCUCAACAAUUUUCCGGACUAAGGUUAAGCGGACUAUGAUUAAGCGUGACAUUGAUGGUGUGAUUAAGCGUGACAUUGAUGGUUUGAUUAAGAUCGUGUUUUGUGGUAUAAAAAGAAAGACUCGACGUGGUCUUCGGAAGCUUCUGCCUCACUGGAAACACCUGAUUUGUUUAGGUCUUCGGAAGCUCAGAAUGCUGGACUGUUGAAAACGACGUUAUCGGUCAAAUUCCUUCAUUAUUUCCAACCAAAACUAUUGAUAUGCGCUCGUCAAACCAAAACUAUUGAUAUACGUUUAUUAUUCUCUUUUGGUUGAAACGGGAAAUGAAGUUUGAGGGAGGAAGAAUUUCUCUGGAUCUUCAGCAGUUAAUUUAUUUAAUAUAAUAGCAAGUACCCGAAUGAUUAUUGAAUGAUGUGUAUUUAAAGGAUGCUUCAACAUAUGCAGUACAAGAUGCUUGAUGAUCACUAUAUCAGAUGGAAUCUUCAAGAUUCAUCAGACUAGAAGAUCAUUUGUAGAACUUCUUUACCCUU